AUGGCCAAAUAUGCCAAUAUUGAGUCUCAAGAUUAUCUAUUUUACUGUGGUAGAGUUAGAAAAAUUGCUGUAAGAACUAAGCCUAGAGCUUUAAAAAUCAGCAAUUCCGAGGUUAAAGAUCAUAAUAUUGAUGGGAAACUCAGGAAGUUUCAUUCUGAAGAUGGGUUUGCAACUGGUGAAAUUUUUCUGGGGUCUAACAGUGAAAUCACAAAAGCCCACCAAGUGUUCGAUGAAAUGUCUCAUAAAGAAAAAACAGAGAAAAAUAUCAUAAUUCCUGCUAAAAUUGUCACUAAUUACACUAGUGCAAUGAAGGGUACUACUACUAAAAUGGGGUUUGAAUCAAAUUCUGGUAUUGAUGUUGUAUAUGAGAGGAGGAAGUUGCUUGAAUCAUUUAGGAAAUCAUGUCAGUAUUACAGAAAUCAAAGUGGGGGUUGUAGUAAGAGGAUUGACUGUAUGGCUUAUGAUGAUCUUAAAGACAGUGGUGAGUUAUUCAUCAUACACAAAACCUUUGGACCAAUUCCGGGUGUCCAAGUCGGAGAAUGUUUUGACUACAGAUUUGAGCUUGUAAUCAUGGGCAUUCACUACCAUCAUUAUCGCGGCAUUGAUUACACGGAAACCUCGAAUGGCCGGGUAUUAGCAACUUCAGUUGUCGCGACUGAGGGGUAUGGUGAUGACUUGAUGAAGCCGGAUGAGUUGGUUUACACCGGAGAAGGUGGAGGUACAUUUGAUGGUACGAGUAAGGGAGAAGCUAAAGAUCAAGAGCUUAGAGCUGGUAAUUUAGCAAUGAAGAAUAGCGCGAAUGAUGGGAAUUUUGUAAGGGUUAUUCGAGGGAUUAAGUCUAAGAGAUAUGAUCUGAAAUCUGCUACUACAUUUGUGUAUGAUGGGUUGUAUAAUGUGGUUGAUUAUGCUAAAAAAUUGGGUCCGAAUGGAAAGAUGCAGUACAAGUUUACAUUGAAGAGAUGUUCUGGUCAGAAAACCAUUUCAUGGGAGAAGUUCAAGUAG